AUGCCGAUCCUCCUCUUCCUCAUAGACACCUCGGCCUCCAUGAACCAGCGGGCGCACCUGGGCACCAGCUACCUGGACAUCGCCAAGGGCGCCGUGGAGCUCUUCAUGAAGCUGCGGGCCCGGGACCCGGCCAGCCGCGGGGACAGGUACAUGCUGGUCACCUUCGACGAGCCGCCCUACUGCAUCAAGGCUGGAUGGAAGGAAAAUCAUGCAACAUUCAUGAAUGAACUGAAAAACCUGCAAGCUUCAGGACUGACUACCCUCGGGCAGGCUCUCAGAUCCUCGUUUGACUUGUUAAAUCUCAAUAGAUUAGUAUCUGGAAUAGACAAUUAUGGACAGGGGAGGAACCCGUUCUUUUUAGAGCCAUCUAUUUUAAUUACCAUCACAGAUGGAAACAAAUUGACACAUACUGCUGGUGUUCAAGAGGAGCUUCAUCUUCCUUUGAAUUCUCCUCUACCUGGAAGUGAACUAACCAAAGAACCAUUUCGUUGGGAUCAAAGGCUGUUUGCCCUAGUGCUGCGUUUGCCAGGAGCUUCUUCUGUUGAACCAGAGCAACUCGGGAGCGUACCCACUGAUGAAUCUGCAAUCACACAGAUGUGUGAAGUGACAGGAGGUCGCUCCUAUUGUGUGCGGACACAAAGAAUGUUGAACCAGUGUUUAGAAUCUCUAGUUCAAAAAGUUCAGAGUGGUGUUGUUAUUAACUUUGAAAAAUCAGGAGCAGACCCAGCUCCCAUUGGAGAAGAUGGACUUGUUGAUUCAUCCAGGCCCAUCAAUUCAUUUGCUUCUCAACCGUGGCAUAGUUGUCAUAAACUCAUUUAUGUACGACCUAACCCUAAAACUGGUGUUCCUGUUGGGCAUUGGCCAAUUCCAGAGUCAUUUUGGCCUGAUCAGAAUUCACCAACUCUGCCGCCACGCACAGCUCAUCCUGUUGUGAGGUUCUCCUGUGUAGAUUGUGAGCCAAUGGUAAUAGACAAGCUUCCUUUUGACAAAUAUGAACUUGAACCUUCGCCCUUAACGCAGUACAUCUUGGAACGAAAGUCUCCCCAUGCCUGCUGGCAGGUAUUUGUGAGUAACAGUGGAAAAUACAGUGAACUUGGCCAUCCAUUUGGGUAUUUAAAAGCAAGCACUACUUUAACCUGUGUAAACCUCUUUGUGAUGCCUUACAACUAUCCUGCUUUACUUCCUCUGCUAGAUGACUUGUUUAAGGUUCACAAACUUAAGCCAAAUCUGAAGUGGCGACAGGCUUUUGACAGCUACUUAAAAACAAUGCCUCCUUACUAUGUAUUGCCAUUAAAGAAAGCCCUAAGGAUGAUGGGAGCUCCAAAUCUGAUAUCAGAUAAUUUAGAUUGUGGACUUAGUUACAGUGUUAUCUCUUACCUUAAAAAACUCAGCCAACAGGAUCAGAAUGGCUUGAGGACACUAUGUAAUGUUCACAGAAAUCCACAACAGACAAAAAUUGAGUCGGAGCGGAUAAUAGGUUCGGUGGGUAAGAAAGUUCCACAAGAGACUGGAAUUAAAGUGAAAAAUCACUCCAGUGGCCUCUCCCUGGUUCAUAGCAGGGAUUUUAAGCAGCUGCUGCAAGGGAUCACUGGUGACUCUCCAUUGAGACUGGCUGAAAUGAAUGUUAAAGAAUUUGCUGGCUUCCAUAUAGGACUCUUAAACAAGGAUUUGAAGCCACAGGCAUUCAGAAAUGCUUAUGAUAUUCCUCGUCGCAGUCUUCUAGAUCAGCUAACUAGAAUGAGAACCAAUCUGCUGAAAACACACAAGCUUAUCCUUGGACAGGAUGAAGACUGCCUUCACAGUGUUCCUGUUGCUCAAAUGGGAAAUUACCAGGAAUACCUGAAGAUGAUGCCUUCUCCCCUUCGGGAGAUUGAUCCAGACCAACCGAAAAGGCUUCAUACAUUUGGUAAUCCUUUCAAACAGGAUAAGAAGGGUAUGAUGAUUGAUGAAGCAGAUGAAUUUGUCGCUGGGCCUCAGAACAAAAUUAAGCGUCCAGGAGACCCCAACACUCCAGCAUCACUAAAGAGAAGACGCAGUAUGUCGCCACUGUUGAGAAGACCACAGUCACCGCCUGUUAUAACUAAUCAUGUUGGCGGGAAAGGACCACCCUCUGCUUCAGGAUCACCAUCUUAUCCUAACCUCAAAGCCAUCCCAGGUCACAAAGAUGCCAACAGCAGUGUAGUUCAAGAUGCUAAUGGAGGGAAGAAGGCUGAAAAUUGUCAGUCACUGGACAAACAAAUUGACGGAUUGUCUACACAAAUGGUUCCAUCCGUCCCUGCUGCUACGGUAGAUGAUGAUCUGUUACCGAAUGACUUGGACUCUUUGCCUGAUGAAUUCAAUUGCUUAAGUGAAGAUGGACUGGAUCAUAAAUCUGCUACCAAUGCACUUGUUAGAGGACCUCUAAAUUACAGCAUGCCUGUUGAUGACCAAAAAAUGGUAGUGGAGUCAACUUCUGGGACUGUGCCAAACUCAUUGCAAAUAACACCUACUAUGUUGGAAGGAAACAAUGCUGAUAUCAAAAUAAAAGUGAUGAAGGAGGUUCGCAAGCCUGGAAGAAAUUACGAAAAAAUCUUCGCUCUUCUUGAGGAAGUGCAAGGACCUAUGGAAAUUCAGAAAUAUUUCAUUGAAUUUGCUAUCAAGGAAGCAGCAAGGUUUAAAAAACGGGUCUUAAUACAACACUUAGAGAGAAUACUAGAGGAAAUAGAGUUCAGCAGUCUGCCCAACAGAGUUAAUCAUGUCAACAGUAGAUAA